UCCGUCACACCGGUUUGGGCAGGAACUCAGGGUUUUUGGCUGAAAACCCGGCUUCCAGCUAUGCACACUACUACUGGAGGAGACAAAAACGAACUGCCCUGGCAGCAGCGGCCCCCGGCAGCGCGGCGGCGGUUCCCGGCGGGGCCGCUUUCCCCGCAGCACCGCCCGGCCGGGGGAAGGGGAGCGGCGGGGCCGGGCCGGGCCGCGGGCAGGUACUUCUAAAGUCUGAUUUUAGAGGAAUUGCAAAGCUCUUUAAGGAUCUUCACACUGAACUGCAGGGAUUAUUGAUCCUGCCUAAUUUGUCAAUGAUGUUUUGUGCUUCUGAUCCCUCGGCCUGCUUAAGAUCUGCUCACUGCUUUCUUCCGGCUGAAGUAAAGCCAGCCGGAGAGGCGUCUGCCCGCAGCUUUCCUCGGCUGGUAGUUGUUGGAAUGGGAAGAACCUGCAGGUAAGAAAUGGCAGUUUCUCUAUGGAAAAAAAUAUUUCAGACUACAAAGGAAAGGAUACUACAGCAGAGAAGGGUAUCACUGUAUAAUAUUGCUCAUGGCUACGAGGAAGAAUUGAUAAAGAAGAAACUGCAACAGUUUGCUGGUGGAUCCAUCAACCUUUCCAAAGAAGAUAAUGGCAUUGGAAUACUUACCUUGAACAACCCACAGCUAAUGAAUGCCUUCACAGGCACUAUGAUGCUAGAACUCCAGGAGAAGGUAGCUGAACUGGAAAACUGGAAGGAUGGCAAAGGCCUUAUCAUCUGUGGUGCAGGAAAUACUUUUUGUUCAGGAUCUGAUUUGAAUGCUGUCAAAGCAAUAUCCAACUGCCAGGAUGGGAUGAAUAUGUGCAUGUUUAUGCAAAACACCUUAACCAGACUCAUGAGAUUGCCAUUGAUCAGUGUUGCACUAAUCCAAGGAAAAGCUAUUGGAGGAGGAGCAGAGCUUACCACAGCAUGUGAUUUCAGGCUGAUGACGCCUGGCAGCGAAAUUCGAUUCGUCCAUAAGCACAUGGGUCUGGUUCCCGGCUGGGGAGGAGCUGCCAGGCUGGUGCGAAUCGUUGGCAGCGGGGCUGCCCUCCGCCUGCUGAGCGGGGCCCUCAAGGUGGACCCCGAAAGAGCGCUGCGCCUCGGGCUUUCGGAGGAAACCUUGCUGCCUUCAGAGGAAAGCAGAUCUCUAGAAGAAGCUCGAGCCUGGCUGAGUCAGUACACAGAGGGUCCGGCUAGUGUGAUUCGGGCUGUGAAACAGGUGGUCACAGCAGGAAGAGAGCUACCUCUGGAAGAUGCCUUACGGACAGAGAAGGACGUUUUUGGAACUGUGUGGGGUGGGCCUGUCAAUUUGCAGGCACUGGUUAGAAGGCCAAAACAUAAAUGAUGGUCAAUGCAUAAGGAAUGUUCUUGAUAUUUUGCAAAGCUUUCACUGAAACAGGUGUUAAAACUGAAUCAUUUAAUGCCAGUUCUUAACAUUCCUGUCAUUCGUGUCUGGCAGACAUAUUUGGUGUGCAACCGCAGAGAAAUUGCCAGAAAAUUUACUGUUCUAAUCACCCACUGAAUGGAGAUUAGUGAAAUUAGUAUGUAAAGGUAAAUACUGUGCUGAGAAUAGAACUAUAAUGCUUUUGGAAUGAGGCUGAAGAUUAUUUUCUUUGGAGUUAAUUUUGUUUUUCUAACUGGUAUGGAAAUGAUUUGCUUGAGAGAUGAGAGGUUUAUUUAUUUACAGAGCAGGUGCACCUAAAGCUGUAAAACCUGACUUCCCAAACAUGUGGCCAGUGUCUUAAAGCAACUUUGUAGGGAUGGUAACUGGUGAGAUGAUAUUUUUUUCUGUUUUCAUCUUCAGUCAGUUCUGGGUAUAAUUGCUGAGAAAGUGAUAUGGCAUUUUUAAUGGUGAUUGUUAUAUAGAAGCAGCUCUAGCUCACUGAAGAGCUUGUAGCCCUUGUUCACUGACAUGGAUCCAAAUCUUUAAAUGCAUUUAGGUGUCUACUGACUGUUUUGGGAACCAGAGAUCUUACAUAUAUAUCUGCACAUUCCCACAGCCUGGAUCUGAUACUGAGCACGUGUAAAGCUGCUGACCUGAUUCUUCACUUAAAAUCAAGCUGAAAUCUUAGAAAGCCACGAUGCGUAAUGCUCCCAGAUGGUAUUUUGUUGACUGGAUGGUCUCAGUACUUCAGCAUUCUGGAAGGACUUGUCUGCCUUUUAAAGUACAUUUACUCACAGGGCACAUUUGGGCUGUGAAAGACCAGACAACUUGGAACUUGAUAUCCAUGCCAGUGACUGUGUGAAUAACCAGAUAAUUCAGUGGGGACAGUAUUUGCUUUAAAAAUUAGAAACUGAGACUGAGUCCCUGCUUUGGGAGAUGAUUCUUGAUUUAAAAUGAAAUAUAUUUGGUAGCAAAAAUGUACAGACAUAUCCAUGACUGAGAGUUUCCUGUAUUGUUGAUUAAAAGGCACUUAUCUC